GACGGCCGGCUGCUGGUGUCAGAGAAGCCGGAGACGGAGGCUGUGGUGACGGAGAAGCUGUCAGAUCUGCACGCCAUGUGGGCGGAGCUUGAGUCCACCACUCAGACCAAAGCUCAGUGUCUGUUCGACGCCAACAAGGCGGAGCUCUUCACUCAGAGCUGCACCGACCUGGACGAGUGGAUGGGAAGCAUGGAGGGUCAAAUCCAGUCUGAUGACUACGGGAAAGACCUGACCUCCGUCAACAUCCUGCUGAAGAAACAACAGAUGCUGGAGAAGCAGGUGGAGGUGCGGCAGCGGGAGGUGGGCCAGCUGCAGAGCCAGGUGAAGGCUCUGGGACAGGAGGAGCAGGACACAGAGGAGGUGGACGGACGGAGACAGCUGCUGGAGGACAAGUUCACCGAGCUGCUGGACCCCCUGCAGAGGAGGAGGGACUUCCUGGUGGAGUCCAGGGAGGUCCAUCAGUUCACCAGGGACGUGGAGGACGAGAUCCUGUGGGUGCAGGAGAGGAUGGCCGUGGCCACGUCCUCAGACCACGGGAACAACCUGCAGACGGUGCAGCUGCUCAUCAAGAAGAACCAGACGCUGCAGAAGGAGAUCCAGGGUCAUCAGCCUCGUAUCGACGACAUCCUGGAGCGCAGCGUCAGCCUCCUGAAGGACGAGUCCUCGGAGGCGACCCGUGGGCGUCUGGCGGCGCUGCAGGAGCUGUGGGCUCAGCUGAAGGAGGAGGCGCAGCGACGCCUCGACCGCCUGCAGGAGGCGCACCGUGCGCAGCAGUACUACUUUGACGCUGCCGAGGCCGAAGCCUGGAUGAGCGAGCAGGAGCUGUACAUGAUGUCUGAGGAGAAGGCCAAGGACGAACUGAGUGCGGUCACCAUGCAGAAGAAGCAUCAGAUCGCGGAGCAGGCGGUGGAGGAUUACGCUGAGGCGGUGCACCUGCUGUCCAAGACCAGCAGAGGCCUGGUGGCCGAGGCUCACCCCGAGAGUGAGAGGAUCAGCAUGCGUCAGUCUCAGGUGGAUAAGCUGUAUGCAGGUAUGAAGGACCUAUCAGAGGAGAGGCGGGGCCGACUGGAUGAGAGGCUCCGCCUCUUCCUGCUGAACAGGGAAGUGGACGAGCUGGAGCAGUGGGUCGCUGAGAGGGAGGUGGUGGCAGGAAGUCAUGAACUGGGACAGGACUACGAGCACGUUACUAUGCUGCAGGAGCGUUUCCGGGAGUUCGCCCGCGACACGGGGAACAUCGGUCAGGAGCGCGUGGACACGGUGAACCGGCUGGCGGACGAUCUGAUCAACGCGGGGCACGGCGACGCGGCCACGGUGGCGGAGUGGAAGGACGGGCUGAACGAGGCGUGGGCCGACCUGCUGGAGCUCAUCGACACCCGCACGCAGAUCCUCGCCGCCUCCUUCGAGCUGCACAAGUUCUACCACGACGGCAAGGAGAUCCUGCUGCGCAUCGUGGACAAACAGAAGAAGCUUCCGGAGGAGGCGGGACGCGACCAGAACACCGUGGAGACGCUGCAGAGGAUGCACUCGACCUUCGAGCACGACAUCCAGGCGCUGGGGACGCAGGUGCGGCAGCUGCAGGACGACGCGGUGCGCCUGCAGGCGGCGUACGCGGGGGAUAAAGCUGAUGACAUCCAGCGGAGGGAGCAGGAGGUUCUGGAGGCCUGGAGGUUCCUGCUGGAGGCCUGCGACGCCCGGAGGCUGAGGCUCAUCCACACCGGGGACAAGUUCAGGUUCUUCAGCCUGGUGAGGGACCUCAUGCUGUGGAUGGAGGACGUGAUCUGGCUCAUCGAGGCCCAGGAGAACCCCAGAGACGUGUCGUCGGUGGAGCUGCUGAUGAAUAACCAUCAGGGCAUCAAGGCGGAGAUCGAUGCUCGUAACGACAGCUUCACGACCUGCAUCGAGCUCGGGAAGUCGCUACUGGCCCGGAAACACUUUGCUUCUGAGGAGAUCAAGGAGAAGCUGCUGCAGCUGACGGACAAGAGGAAGGAGAUGAUCGAUAAGUGGGAGGACCGCUGGGAGUGGCUGAGACUGGUGCUGGAGGUGCACCAGUUCUCCCGGGACGCGGGCGUGGCCGAGGCCUGGCUGCUGGGCCAGGAGCCCUACCUCUCCUCCAGGGAGGUGGGCUACAGCGUGGACGAGGUGGAGAAGCUCAUCAAGCGCCACGAAGCCUUCGAGAAGUCUGCUGCCACCUGGGAGGAGAGGUUCUCCGCCCUGGAGAGGCUCACCACGAUGGAGCUGCUGGAGGUGCGCCGGCUGCAGGAGGAGGAGCUUCAGAGGAGGAGACCCCCCCCCUCCCCCUCCCCCGAGCCUCAGCAGGAGGAAGCUCAGCAGCAGAGCGUCACUCAGAACGGACUGCCCUCCGACCCAGAAUCCCCCCCGGAGGGGGUGGUCGCUCCCCCCAUGGUGAACGGUGACGGCGGCUCUAAGGACCCGAGCCCCGGCAGCUCGCCCCCCCCCUCCAGGAAGAAGAGCAGCCAGGCCUCCACGCUGCCCCUCCGCACCCCCGACGCCGGGACCCUGCUGGAGGGGAACCUGCACCGGAAACACGAGUGGGAGGGGCCUAACAAGAAGGCCUCCAACAGGUCGUGGCACAACGUGUACUGCGUGGUCAACAAACAGGAAGUGAGUUUCUAUAAAGACGGGAAGGCGGCGGCGACUGGCCUCUCGUAUCACGGAGAAACAUCGCUGCGCCUGCAGGACGCCGUCUGUGACGUGGCCUCAGAAUACAAGAAGAAGAAGCACGUCUUCAAACUACGAGCUGCUGAUGGAAACGAGUAUCUGUUCCAAGCCAAAGAUGAAGAGGAGAUGAGUUCCUGGAUCGCGGCGGUCCUGAACGCCGGCUCCGAGCGCUCCGACCGUUCCGACCGCUCCGAGCCUCCCGGCAGCAUCCCGGGAACGCCGGUGUCGGGUCGCGCUCAGACGCUGCCCAACGAGUCGAGUCCCGGGAAGAGAGAGAAGGACAAAGAGAAGGAGAAGGAGAAGGAGAAGCGCUUCAGCCUGUUCAGCAAGAAGAAGCAGUAGAGAGGAGACACUUUGGUGAAACUCGCGUUAGCAUUCAGAGAGGACUUCACGGAGGCCUCUGUGGAGUCAGCCAGCCGCUCACCCUCCCACAUCUACUGCCUUUCCAGCCAUAAAGCCGCUUCAUUACUCACCGCUCGCCGCACACGUUAGCCACAUUAGCAUCCGACAAAACUGUGAAAACCAUUUCAAUAAAGCUUAGAAAGAUGUGGCUCAGAUGAAUUCACUUUGGGGCCAACUUCACAGCUGUUUAUCUCUGUGAUUCCAAAAGAACAGAUUUAUGAAAAUUCAGUUUGAACAGGAAGCGGAGCAGCUGAUAUUUGAGGGCGACGGCUGGAAGAACUCCACGAGAACAACUGGAAGAGUUUCACCAAAGAGCGCCGUGAGGAAGUCUGUGUGUUUAUUCUCAAUGCAGUUUAGUUUUUUAUAUAUUUUAGAUUUGAUUUCUUCUCGUGGUCGUCUGCUGGGUUUUAACAUCGACGUUCUAACAAAACAUCGGAGAGAAACCAGAAGGGGAACUUCCUUCACCUGGUUCCUUCACCUGGUUCCUUCACCUGGUUCCUUCACCUGGUUCCUUCACCUGGUUCCUUCACAUGGUUCCUUCACCUAGUUCCUUCACUUGGUUCCUUCACCUGGUUCCUUCACCUGGUUCCUUCCCCUGGUUCCUUCCCCUGGUUCCUUCACCUGGUUCCUUCCCCUGGUUCCUUCCCCUGGUUCCUUCACCUGGUUCCUUCACCUGGUUCCUUCAGGCGUUCGCAGCGACCCACGUUCUUCUCUUUGUUUUUUAACUUUAUUUUGUUAAUUUUGUACUUUCUCUGAAGUCAUGUCCUCAUCAUGUUGUGAGAGCGUCUCCAGAGAGCGCCUCCAGAGGGCGCCUCCAGAGAGCGCCUCCAGAGAGCGCCUCCAGAGAGCGCCUCCAGAGAGCGCCUCCAG